AUGGCUUCUGGUAAUGACUUGAGAGAUAUUUUAGACAUUGAAGUUAGAGAAGAAAAAGAGGAUGUUAUAACUCGAGAAUCACUAUUUGGGGACAAAAAAAAAAAAUCUAAAAAGACUGAACCCAAUGUUAAAAAGCCAGAAGGAAUGCACAGAGAAUUGUGGGGACUUCUCUGGACAGACAACAAAGAUGCAGCACCUUUGUUCCCCACGGACAGCACCCUCACCUACAAACAGCCAAAAGCCAAGAUCGGAAGGAGCAAGGUACGACCUUGGAAGUGGAUGCCCUUUACUAAUCCCGCGAGAAAGGAUGGUGCCGUGUUCUACCAUUGGAGGAGAAUAGCAGAUGAGGGACUGGAGUAUCCUUUUGUUCGUUUCAACAAGAUCAUUGACGUGCCAACAUACUCAGAUCUGGAGUACCAGCAACAUCUGCACAGUGAUGCAUGGACCAGGCAGGAAACUGAUCACCUCUUCAGCCUUUGCAAACGAUUUGAUCUCAGAUUCGUCAUCGUGCAUGAUCGCUGGAACAGAGAGAGGUAUCCACAUAAGAGGUCGAUAGAAGAUCUCAAAGAGAGAUACUAUGCCAUCUGUCACAUACUUCACAAAUUGAGAAAUCCUCAAAGUGAUCAGAAGAUGCGAGUUUUUGACGCCAACCACGAGCGCAGAAGGAAGGAGCAACUGGAAAAACUUUUCCAUAGAACCGAAGAACAGAUUGAAGAAGAGGAACGACUGGUGCAAGAAUUGAAAAAGAUUGAGCAGAGGAAAAAAGAAAGAGAGAAGAAGGCAAUGGAUCUCCAAAAGUUGAUCACAGCUGCCGACAACAACUCUGACUCACGAAGAUCUGAAAGGAAAAUUUCAAAGAAAAUUGUUCCCUACAAAACCAGGGAGAGCAAUGUGGCUCCAGAAUCAACCAGCAUAAAAUUUCCAGACUUUAAACAAUCUGGCGUCUAUCUCAGGAGUCAAAAGAUGAAGUUGCCCAUUUCUCUUGGUCAAAAAAAGACUAAAGCUAUUGAACAAAUGCUGGAAGAAUUUGCCAUAGAACCAAAUCCUGUUCCAACACAAGAAAUCGUCAACAGCUUCAAUGAUCUUCGACAAGAUAUGGUCUUGUUGUAUGAAUUGAAAAUAGCCCUUGCCAACAGUGAAUAUGAACUCCAGACUUUGAGGCACAGAUACGAAACUCUAGCACCUGGAAAAGUAUUUACAGCUUUUUCUUGUUAA